AUGUCUGCAGGCGACGUUAAGCCCGCCAUCCCCGUGGUGGCAGAGUCCCAUGAAGUCGAUACUUUCCACCCCCCCAAAGCCAUGAUGGCGAAACACCCUGGAAAACCUCAUUUAAGUGGCCUCGAGGAAUACCGAACGCUGUAUAAGGAGUCGAUCACCCAACCAGAGCAGUUCUGGGGCAGAUUGGCCCGGGAACUAAUCACCUGGCAGCGGGACUUCCAGACGGUUCACGCCGGCAGCUUCGAGAACGGCGAUAACUCGUGGUUCCUGGAGGGCCAGCUCAACGCCUCAUACAAUUGUGUAGAUCGUCAUGCCAUCAAGAACCCCGACAAGCCCGCGAUUAUCUACGAAGCCGACGAGACAGCCGAUGGGCGCAUCCUUACAUAUGGCGAGCUCCUCCGGGAGGUCUGCAAGGUGGCUCAUGUUCUGAAGCAGAUGGGUGUGAAGAAGGGAGAUACCGUUGCCAUCUACCUGCCGAUGAUUCCAGAGGCACUCAUCGCAUUCCUUGCCUGUGCGCGUAUUGGUGCCGUCCACUCGGUCGUCUUUGCUGGUUUCUCAGCAGACUCGCUGCGCGACCGUGUCAUCGAUGCCCAGUCCAGAGUGGUUAUCACAACCGAUGAGGGCAAGCGUGGUGGGAAGCUGAUCGGCACCAAGAAGAUUGUCGAUGAUGCUUUGAAGCAAUGCCCAGAUGUCAGCCACUGCUUGGUCUACAAGCGGACAGGUGCUGAUGUGCCCUGGACCAAGGGGAGGGAUUACUGGUGGCACGAGGAAGUCGAGAAGUGGCCCGCAUACAUUGCCCCCGAGCCCAUGAACUCAGAAGAUCCUCUAUUCCUCCUCUACACAUCUGGCUCAACAGGCAAGCCCAAGGGUAUUAUGCACACAACUGGUGGCUACCUAGUGGGUGCGGCGGCGACCGGAAAAUACGUGUUUGAUAUUCAUGAUACCGAUAAGUUCUUCUGCGGUGGUGACGUUGGAUGGAUUACUGGACACACAUAUGUCGUGUACGCUCCUCUGCUCCUUGGUAUUGCGACGGUUGUCUUCGAGGGAACUCCCGCGUACCCCAACUUCUCAAGAUACUGGGAUGUUAUCGAGAAGCAUGAGGUUACCCAAUUCUACGUUGCGCCAACAGCGCUGCGGUUAUUGAAGCGCGCUGGUGAUCAACAUAUCAGGAAGAAUAUGACUAAACUUAGAGUUCUGGGCACUGUUGGCGAACCAAUUGCUGCCGAGGUCUGGAAAUGGUACUUUGAGACUGUUGGAAAGGAGGAGUCCCAUGUUAUUGACACAUACUGGCAAACCGAGACGGGCAGUCAUGUCAUUACACCUCUUGCAGGUAUCACCCCUACCAAGCCUGGAAGUGCUUCUCUCCCAUUCUUUGGCAUCGAGCCCGCGAUCAUCGACCCAGUUUCCGGCGAAGAGAUUCACGGAAAUGAUGUCGAAGGUGUGCUUGCUUUCAAGCAACCAUGGCCCAGCAUGGCCCGUACGGUUUGGGGAGCCCACAGGAGAUAUAUGGACACAUACUUGAAUGUUUACAAGGGAUACUACUUCACGGGCGACGGGGCUGGACGCGAUCACGAAGGUUACUACUGGAUCCGAGGACGUGUCGAUGAUGUCGUGAACGUCAGCGGUCAUCGCUUGUCAACCGCCGAGAUCGAAGCUGCGCUGAUCGAGCACCACACCGUUGCCGAAGCCGCCGUCGUGGGUAUCGCUGAUGAACUCACCGGCCAAGCCGUCAACGCAUUUGUGGCUAUCAAGGAUGGCGUCGAGAUCACCGACCAGCUGAGAAAGGACCUGAUCAUGCAAGUCCGAAAGAGCAUCGGUCCAUUCGCAGCACCAAAGGCCAUCUUCGUUGUUCCAGAUCUCCCCAAGACUCGAAGCGGUAAGAUCAUGCGCCGGAUUCUAAGGAAGAUUUUAGCUGGUGAGGAGGAUCAACUUGGGGACACAUCUACACUUUCGGACCCAACCGUUGUAGACACAAUUAUCGACACCGUGCAAGCGUCGAGACCAAAGUAA